AUGAAGAUCUAUGCGCUUGGAUUUCAGUCGCCGUAUAUCCAGGCCAAAGACAUUGCCCACCGCGACGUCAAGAGCUACAGCAUUUUUCUCAGCUCCACGCACGGCGUCAAGCUCGGCGACUUUGGCACGGCGCGGUCGGUCUCUGGGCUCAUGACGGGCGAUGCCGGCUCGAAGCUCUGGAUGGCGCCCGAGGUCAUGCGCCGCGAAAGCGAGGCGAACUGCAUGUACGGCAAGCCCGUCGAUAUUUUUUCGUUUUAG